CGACUGUCUUCUCAGUUCUCUCCGGACGUGAGCCGCAGUUCCCGCUCGAUACUUACCGCUGCUGUCGCCGCUGCGUGCCGCUCUUUAUCUGGUUGCGAGGCGAUGCUGUGUCCGUGGCAACGUCUGCUGCCACUGGUGCUGGCUGUCUGGGCCUCAGUGUCGAGCGGAGAUCUGUUGGUGCGCAAGUGCUGCGGCCAGCAUCAGUUCAUGGACGACAAACACGUGUGUCGUGACGCAAACGCCAGCCAGGACAACAGCGACGACCCCUGGUGGUGGCUGCCCAAGAGCUCCGUCAGUCUCAACAACACCUUCGUUGAGCCGGAGAACGUGGCGCGGGUUCUGUCUGGCGUGAGAGCCGAGUACAACGCGACAGCCACCUGCGACCAGGAGUCGCAGCUCGAGCUGGUGAACUUGCCCGGAGAAGACAUGGACGAGUUUCACCUGCAUAUAGGGUCUCAACAGGUGGAGCUGCAGGUGCUGGUCCUGGACACGGCCCCAGAGGGCGCGCUGGUGCCGGCGACCUCCUUCUGCGUGGACGGCGUGCGCGUGGGCAGCAGGAUCCUGCACGUCGCCUUCGCCUGCGUGUGUGCGGGGGCGGCUCCCUGCGUGCGCAAGUGCUGCAAGGACUACCAGGCCUACGACCCCGAUGGCGACGGCCGCUGCGUCCAAGUCUCGGACGAGGAGUGGGACAGGGACCCGGAUAUCGGCUUCUGGCGGCCCACGCUGCAGGACCGUACAGCCAUCCCGAAGCACUUUGUGGUACGCGCCCGUAAGCCGCGCUGCAGCCUGAGGACCUACAGCACACAGGGCAACGCGUCCGGCUUCGUCUUGCGCGACGACGGCCACCUGCUGGUGCCGACCGGGGCGUGGCUAGCGCCGGAGGAGUUCUGCGCGGAGCGCGUGCUGUUCAGGGACUCCUGGCUGGUGGUGUUCGCGUGCCUGCAGCCCGCGGCUGCGUCGUCGGCGCUGCACGUGGUGGAGGGCGUGCUGCUGGCGCUGGCGUUCGUCAUACAGUUCACGUUCCUGGCAGCCUUCUUCUGGCUGAACGUCAUGUGUAUCGACAUUUCCUGGACCUUCACCGGGAUGCGCACGACGCGCUGCCCGGCGCUGGAGCGCGACCGCCGCCGCUUCCUGUGGUACUCGGCCUACGCCUGGGGCUGCACUGCUGCCAUCUGCGCGGCCGCCGUCGGCGCCGAGUUCUCACCCGCCGUGCCCGAAGACUCGCCCUUCAAGCCCAACAUCAAUAAGGGCACCUGCUGGUUCAAAGGGAAGCCGGCGACGCUGCUGUACUUCUAUGGGCCGAUGGCGCUGCUGCUGGUGUCGAACCUGUGCCUGUUCGCGUACACCGCGGGCCGCAUCUGCGUGGCGCGGCGCGGCUCCGGCAUCUUGCGAAAGUCGGGCAGCCAGCGACACCACGGGGGCGGCAAGAGGCGCCAGCAGCAGGAGCAGCAGAAGGAACUGGGGCCGGAGCAGGCGCGCAGGGAGCAGCGCAAGGACCGCGAGAGGCUGGCCCUGUACGGCAAACUGUUCGGCCUAAUGGGCGUAACGUGGCUGAUGGAGAUCGUGUCGUGGGCAGUGGGCGGGCCUGCCUACGUGUGGAUCGUGACUGACCUGGUGAACGUAAUGCGGCCGGCGUUCAUCUUCUACAUCUUCUGCUGCAACCGCACCGUCGUGAGGCAGCUGCGCACCAAGCUACCCGGCAGCUGGCCCUGCGCACUUGCGCCCUCCCAAGGUGGCGACAGCGUCCGCUCCGGGGGCGGCAGCAGCAGCGGCGCCCACUCCAGACCCACCGGCACCGCCUCCACCUCCGCCAACGCCCUCGAGAUGGCCAGCCUCCGCUCCUGAUGACGCUACCGCGUACCGAAACGUCGCGCACCAGCUGCGGGUGGCCAGCGACUUAGGACGUCUCCCGACGUAACACAGUCUUAUCCGUGUCGUGGACGCGUAAUGAUCGAGAGGUUACCUUCGUGAAACUCUACAAUAUCUAUUGCUGUAAUCUACUAGUAUUAUCAAAGUACCUGUCAUUUACAUUGUCAAAGAAAGUGUAGAUUUUUUCAGAUGCAUUAGAAUACUCACAAAUUUUAUUAUCUGGUGUGUAAUAAAAUAUUUCAAACCGCAACAAAUAAUCUGUAAUGUUGUUAUACUUGAGACUAAGUAAAGUCAUUCAUCCUUUGUA